CUCCAAAAAUGAUGGACCUGGAGGAGGACAACGACCCUCACAUCUGCCUGAAUUGCAAUACCACCAUUGUGGGUCUCAUGAACUACAUCACCCAUAAGAAAAGCUUGUGUCCUGCAAAGAAACCUAGUCCUGCCAGGGCGACAACUGUCUCUAGGAGCUUGCCACAUGAAACUGCCGCAGCUAGUAAUAUAAACAAUACAACACACAUAAACAUAUACAGUAACUAUACGUGCACAGAUACUGUUGCGCUGAGUAAUAAUUUUUCAAGCACAGACCCUGUGCAGGAAAGGAGAAGCUUUGUCACCACAGAGGGGACAGCUACAAUAUCUGAUAAGGAUAACUUGACAUGUACGGAGGUGACACCUGUCACUACGGACUUUCUGUUCGAUUUUGCCAAUGCCGUAACCACUUUCAGCGCUCAAACUUCAUCGAACAGCUCUGUGAGGAAUUUUGGUGGAGAACCGUCUUGCAGCCCUAUCUAUACUCAGUCCAACCUUUCUCUGGAUGUCGGUGAUGCAAGUAAUGGCUUUUCGCUUCCUGUUUUGAGUCCACCGUCCGAUCAACCUGGAAAAGCCCAAGACUCAAAUAUUCCCCUUGAAGAGAAGGACCAAGAUGUGAAACGUCCGGAGGAUUUCUUUUCUUCUUUAAAUUUGCAAGUCAAGCCCAGGACCACUGGAAAAAGUGUACAAACUAAAGAUGUCGUCAGUUACACGCCUGCUGAGAAUGAAAAAGACAAGAGUUUACCAAUAUCCAACUUACUAGAAAAUUUGGGAUUCUGCAGCGAUUCGGAGAAUGAAGAGUAUGAUGAAGAGUCAGAAGAACUAAGUGGUGAAGAGGAGGAGGAUGAAAGUGAAGAUGAAACCUGGAAACCUGGUUCUCGACCACCUAGAGGCCACACAGGGGGAAAAUGGGAACCUGGUUCUCGACCUCCCAGAGGCCACACAGGGGGCAAAUGGAAACCUGGUUCUCGACCGCCCAGAGGCCACACAGGGGGCAAGUGGGAACCUGGUUCGCGACCACCCAGAGGCCACACAGGGGGCAAAUGGGAACCUGGUUCUCGACCGCCUAGAGGCCACACAGGGGGCAAAUGGAAACCUGGUUCGCGACCACCCAGAGGCCACACAGGGGGCAAAUGGAAACCUGAUACCCAGCAGACUAGGAGCCAGGGAGGUGGUAAAACCAUACCAAAUACAGUGGCAGAAGGUGGUGGAAAGUGGAAACCUUCAGAUUCUUCAUCCCCUCCACCUUGCCACACUGGAGGGAAAUGGAUGCCAGUAGAAACAGUGGGCGAGAAGUCCACCAAUACAGCACAACCUGGUGCUCCACUGGGUAUCCAUGAUGGCAAUACGAAUCUCGACCAGCAGCCAGAAGAUGGCGCUGUUAACUCUAGUCAACGAGAGGAGCCAUGCAGCUUGGAUGAGUGGAUGGAUGGGGAUAAUUCUUUUUCUGACUUUGGGGAAGAUGAUAGAGAGAAGAGUAUUAACUCUGUUCGACUGGAAACUGAAGGGAAAAAACAUAAGAAGAAAGUCAAAAUAGCAGAUAGUUUGGACGGGAAAUAUUAUUGCCAGCCAUGUCAAAAAUCAUUCAGGACUAAGUAUACUUAUGCUUACCAUUUUGAUAGCAAGAACCAUAAGCUGAAUGUUAAGAUUGCUUCACAGCAUGGUGACACCAAUGAGAAAACAUUUUCUGACUACUCUUUUAGAAAAAACGUUGAAGAUAGCAGUGACAGGGUAGUUGAAAGUGACAGAAGUGGCACAGGAACUGCAGGAAUAAAACAUGGGAGUGGAAAUGAGAUACAAGAUAGUGUGGAUGGAAGAUAUUAUUGCCAGCCAUGUCAGAAAUCAUUCAUCAAUAAGUAUACCCACGCUUACCAUUGUGAAAGCAACAGCCAUAAGUUGUGUGUUAAAGUUGCCUCCGUCUCUAAGGACUCCACUGAACCCUUCAGCCACAAAACAAGUGCAAAUGAAGGUGGAACCAACAACAAGGCAAAUGAACAAGGAGACACCACUCAGGGACCAUCGGACAUACACAACAGGAGGAAAACCCGCGAGGAAACUUGUUCCUGUGAGGAGGAAGAAGGUAGUGUUGAGGGUGGAAGAGAACCCUCGGAGGCAGACACCGAAGAUUAUUAUAGCGGAACAUGUGACCCAGAUGUGAACAACAAGGUGAAUGAAAGUCAUGAAUGGGAGAAUGCGAUUGGGCAGGGCGAUGCUAACGAAGAUGAAGAUAACGAUCAUGAUACCAAGUGUGGUCCUGAUUUUGUGUAUUCCUGUGUCCCCUGUGGCAGAACAUUUAAUUCUAAAUACACCUAUGCUUACCAUUUGGAAUCUGGCUUACACAAGAGAAGAAGUGGACCAAAAGAACCCGAGGAAAAGGAAGAUGUGAAGAUCAUCUGUAGGCCCUGUGACCGAGUGUUUCACAAUAAGUACAACAUGGCCAGACACCUGCUGACGGGUCUGCACUGUAAGAAGGCCAAAGGUCAUCCCGAGGAGUUGAACUUGAUCGUGCGCUACCAGGCGCUCAUGCUGCGCCUCAGUCCAUACCAGUGCCAGAUAUGCUUGUUUUUCUGCAACUCUCACAGUGAUCUCAAGAUCCACAUGGCAACGGCUGAUCAUGUGACAAAAACCUGGGAUUUGAUUGGUCCAAUGAUGUGUGGUAUUUGUAAGUUCACGUGUGAAACCAAUGAGACUAUGUUGAAGCACAUGGAGCUGGCGGAGCAUCUGAAAGCUCUGAAGAGCACUGACCGUGUCUGUGUCAUUAAAGAGUCCAGAUUUCUGAUAAACUGUAAAAUAUGUGGCAAGAAGGUCCAUUCGGCCAGCCAGUUGGAGAAACACUUGAAUACGAAGCACACUAAUCCUCCCAAGGAAAAGCAUACCCCAGUGUGUGCACAGUGCGGGAUAACGUGCAUCUCGAAUUAUGCACUGAACAUACAUGUGCGGCGCAUUCACACAAAGGAAAGGCCGUUCCAUUGUAACAUUUGUCAGGUUUCCUUCUUUGAUCACUACACCUUGUUUCUCCAUGAAAUGAGCAUCAAGCAUCAAAAGAUGUGUAACCAAAAGAAUGGAGAAAAUAACAAGCCAAAGAAAAAGUUAGAGUCCAGAGAUAAGGCCAAAAAGAAUGGAAAAAAGAGUUUGUACAAAUGUAGACAAUGUGACUACACUGUGACAGUGCAUGCUCAAUUACGACAGCACUUCAUUCAAGCGCAUGCUGAUGCCGUACAAGAAUGCAAAGUGUGUGGGAUCACGUUCUGCGAUAAAUACAAGUUGAAAGCCCACUGCAACACUUCAGGGCAUCGGAGGAAGGAGCAGCUAGCAGAGCAGGCUGAUGUACACGUCUUUUCCUGUGACAUUUGCAAGAGGAAAUUCUACAGCUCUAAGACGUAUAAGAAGCACUUGGUGUCAGCCCACGCAGAGUCAUGUGGGAUGGACCUUAUGGGCAGCGCACAUGAAACUCAGGAGAAAUACAAAGAUUUCCUGAGUAGCAUCCAGCAGUCCCGUAGCAAAGUUCCUUGCCCAGACUGUGGGAAACAUGUUGCACCCCGGUAUAUGGAGUCUCAUUUGAGAGUACACACAGGCGAACUUCCGUUCAAGUGUACACAAUGCUCCACCUGCUUCUCUCACGUGGACACUCUACGCCGCCAUGUCUACCAUGUCCAUCUCAAAGAACCACGAGGAACAUGCAACCUGUGUAAGAAAUCGUUUUUCACCAGCCAUGGCUACAAAGUCCACAUGCUGUCUCAUGAUAAAAAUGCUGUCAAACAAUUUGUUUGCGAUGUGUGUGGUGCUGAAUUUUGGACACAGUCAUCUUUGAACCUCCAUCAGAAAAAUCAUCAGAAAAAUUUUCAGUGUCCGUACGAAAAUUGCAGAGUAAAGGUAGCAUACAAAAAUGACCUGAAGCUUCACAUGCGCGUGCACUCAAAUGAGCGGCCAUAUUUGUGCGAUCUCUGCGGCUACGCAGGCAAGGGUCAACAAGCACUAACCCGCCAUCGCAGGACUCACACAGGUGAGCGAAAUUACAGCUGCGAUUACUGCCCUUACAAGAGCACAGACUGUACCAAGAUGAAGAGACACAUGCGCAUUCAUAUUGGCUCCAAGCCCUUCAAGUGCCCCUACUGUGAAUAUUCCUGCAACACUUUGGAGAACGUGAGGAAGCACAUUCUCAAAUCUAAAAAACACAAAGAUUGUUUUGUGUACCCAUGCAGAUUUUGCUCCUACGGUAGCAAUAGCAGCAAGGAGUUCAAGUCACACAUUCUCAGCGAACACAAAGACCAGAUCAGUGACUCUGGCACUAUAGACGUCGUAUCAGUCUACUCAGGAUUGUACGUGAAAAUAGAAGAUCUAAAAGCCCCUGCUGAGGGAAUGAAAAUAUUUCAGGUGAAAGAACAUACUGGGUCAAGCUAUAACACAGGCAAGAAGAAGGGUGCGGGAGGUGAAAAGCAGAGGAGUAAAUUAAAAAGAAAAUGUGAAAAUGAUCACAGCUAUGAUGCACUCAGCAAGAAAACAAGAGGAAAUGAGAGCGCUGACGUUCCAACAGCUGUAUCCACUUCUGAAUCGGCAAUAAAUGCUGAUGGUCCACACAUAAUAACUGAUAGCAUAGGUGAUGAAGUCACUGUUGUUAUCAAUUUCACAAAUAGCAAUGAUCAUAGAACAACAGGAUCUUCUGUAUUUACUCCAGCUGGUAACACGAACAACAAAAAUGGGAGACAAAGCGAACUUCCAUUCAAGUGUACACAAUGCUCCACCUGCUUCUCUCACGUGGACACUCUACGCCGCCAUGUCUACCAUGUCCAUCUCAAAGAACCACGAGGAACAUGCAACCUGUGUAAGAAAUCGUUUUUCACCAGCCAUGGCUACAAAGUCCACAUGCUGUCUCAUGAUAAAAAUGCUGUCAAACAGUUUGUUUGCGAUGUGUGUGGUGCUGAAUUUUGGACACAGUCAUCUUUGAACCUCCAUCAGAAAAAUCAUCAGAAAAAUUUUCAGUGUCCGUACGAAAAUUGCAGAGUAAAGGUAGCAUACAAAAAUGACCUGAAGCUUCACAUGCGCGUGCACUCAAAUGAGCGGCCAUAUUUGUGCGAUCUGUGCGGCUACGCAGGCAAGGGUCAACAAGCACUAACCCGCCAUCGCAGGACUCACACAGGUGAGCGAAAUUACAGCUGUGAUUACUGCCCUUACAAGAGCACAGACUGUACCAAGAUGAAGAGACACAUGCGCAUUCAUAUUGGCUCCAAGCCCUUCAAGUGCCCCUACUGUGAAUAUUCCUGCAACACUUUGGAGAAUGUGAGGAAACACAUUCUCAAGUCUAAAAAACACAAAGAUUGUUUUGUGUACCCAUGCAGAUUUUGCUCCUACGGUAGCAAUAGCAGCAAGGAGUUCAAGUCGCACAUUCUCAAUGUACACAAAGACCAGAUCAGUGACUCCGACACUAUAGACGUCGUAUCAGUGUACUCAGGAUUGUACGUGAAAAUAGAAGAUCUAAAAGCCCCUGCUGAGGGAAUGAAAAUAUUUCAGGUGAAAGAACAUACUGGGUCAAGCUAUAACACAGGCAAGAAGAAGGGUGCGGGAGGUGAAAAGCAGAGGAGUAAAUUAAAAAGAAAAUGUGAAAAUGAUCACAGUUAUGAUGCGCUCAGCAAGAAAACGAGAGGAAAUGAGAGCGCUGACGUUCCAACAGCUGUAUCCUCUUCUGCAUCCGCAAUAAAUGGUGAUGGUCCACACAUAAUAACUGAUAGCAUAGGUGAUGAGGUCACUGUUGUUAUCAAUUUCACAAAUAGCAAUGAUCAUAGAACAACAGGAUCUUCUGUAUUUACUCCAGCUGGUAACAUGAACAACAAAAAUGGGAGACAAAAAUAGUCAUACACACUCCCACCCUCACACUUUUUCACUGUAUCAAUAUAGAUUUGGUAAAUAUUUGAGGCAGUACUUGUGAAAAAUACUCAAAUAUAUGAUUGUAAGGUCAGGGGCAGAUCCAGAGAUAUUUUUUGACAGUCUUUCAAAUUAUCUUGGUUGAUCCAUCUUCAGU